AUGGAAGCUAACAUCCAGUUCAUAGGAAUUAUCCAGGAAAUGCAGGCACAGAUCAACAAGUUGGAGAAAGAGAAUCAAGUCCUCCGGAUGAAGCUGACUUCAAGUAGUCAGAGAACCCUGGGUCCUGGUGGAGAAUCAGGAGAUGAAAGGGAAGAGGAAGUCACAGACCUUGGUAACCUCAAAAAAGCAUCUGAAAAAUCUCCAGCAAUCCUUCACGGUGGUGUUUCCAUUGAUGCGGCACCAGCUGUGCAUGAACAUCAAGGCAACGUCAUGAUUGUUAGACGCUAUUCCAUUUCCUCGCCAAUUCACUCAUUUGCUACAAAUGAUCCCUGGAAAGCUAGGGAAAGACACCCAAAGAGUGGAAUUCUAGAAGCUCAGGGAAGAGUUAAAUCACUGGCAUGUUCUUCAAUUAAGAAGCAAGACAAUAAAGAAGAGAUGUUUGCAGCAGAUUCUUUGACCAGCCCUAGUUGUAACCAAAGAGCUUCUCCUGAGCAUGUUUUUGGUAAUGUAACCAGAGACAAGAUAAAGACAGUCAGUUUCCUGUUACCCAUGGACGUGUCUUCAUAUUCCAAAAAUUCAAGUUCUUUGAAAUAUUCACCAAAUCAGACCACAAAUCAGCUAAGUACCAUUGCAGAAUAA